CUCAUACUUCAGGCCAAGUUAGCUUGUCUUCAAGUUUGCCAAUCUUAGCUAACCAUGUCAAGGGACCCACUUGUCGUUGGCAACGUAGUUGGAGAUAUCUUGGACCCAUUUAUCAAAUCAGCAUCACUCAAAGUCCUAUACAACAAUAGGGAACUCACUAAUGGAUCUGAGCUCAAGCCGUCACAAGUAGCCAAUGAACCAAGGAUUGAGAUAGCUGGGAGUGACAUGAGGACCCUUUACACUUUGGUGAUGGUGGAUCCUGACUCACCGAGUCCAAGCAAUCCAACCAAAAGAGAAUACCUUCAUUGGUUAGUGACAGACAUUCCAGAAUCAACAAAUGUAAGCUUUGGAAAUGAGGUAGUAAGCUAUGAAAGUCCAAAGCCAACUGCUGGAAUACAUCGCUUUGUCUUUGUCCUCUUCCGCCAAUCCAUCCGGCAGACUAUUUAUGCACCAGGAUGGAGACCAAAUUUCAACACAAGAGACUUCUCAGCACUUUAUAAUCUAGGACCACCCGUGGCCUCAGUGUUCUUCAAUUGCCAAAGGGAGAACGGAUGUGGUGGCAGACGAUACAUUAGAUGAUAUUGGAAUAACCUCCUCUACAGGAGGACUGAUGGAAUUCUGCAUGAGGCCAAGAACAAUGAAUGGGUAGUAAAUGCUGGACCGCAAUAUAGCUUAACUAGAUUACUUUGGCACCUGUACAAUCUCUGACUACCUAGAAAUGAA